GCCCGCAGCUUCGAUUUCCGUCCGUAAAAAAAUGAGGUAAAUAAAAACAACCACGCUGUGGCUGCCCGGUGUCUCAUGUCGACUGAUGCCCACAGACUUAGAUAUUCCGGCGGUUGGAUCCAUGGGGUAGUAAAACCUGGGGAUUCCAACGGUCAUGUGUCCACAUGAGAGAAGCGCAUCGAAGCUUAUCCCUAGCCAGCCGCACCCAGAAGCUGCACGUUCUGUCCAUCAGCCAAAAGACACGUCGAUCUGAUGGGGGGUGAGAUUUCUUCGUCCCUCGGAGCGGAGAGACAUUAUCGACGGAUCGGCAGUAAGCCCAGCGCUUCGCCACUUUUAUCACCACACGAAUUGCCAGCUUCUUCACUCGUGCAACGGCACAGCUUUCUUACAGGACUCGUCUUGAAAUCGCCCACGUGAGGACAAGGGUGACGCCGUCGAUGGUCGUUCGAGAUCUGUGUCGCCGUUGCACGAGAACGAAGGCGGGCAAGAUGCAAGAGGAGGGCGCGGCCAUGGUCCUACAACCAAUGAUACAGCUCGUUCGGUUGGGAUUAUACUCCUGUGUGUAACCAAGGUACCAUGCGGACGGCCGUCUCGCAAAUGAAGGCUGGUCACCGGGACGGAGGGUCUCCGACGAAGGGGUUGGUGGAAACAACCGAUACGUUCGGUUGGGUGAGGAUGGCUAAGUCGAAUCCUGUCCUCCUCGCAGAGACAACAUCGUUGGACUUUCGUAAAGACAUCUUGUGGACUGUGAGUGUGAUGCCAAACGAGUUUGCGUAAACGUCCAUCAUGGAUGGCUGGUCUUUGUCCCGGCUUGUCAAGGGUAGGGCAGUGUCCAUUGCUGUUCUUGUGUUGCUCGAGGCACGCCAACGUUCCGAAUAGCUCCCGAUGAAAGCUAUUUCGAAUGGUCAUCACAAGACCUGUGAGUAAUUCCGUCCCAUUGUUGAAGUCGCUGCAGGAAGCCGGGGUCGUCUGGGUCGUCUGGGUCCGAAGUGGCCGUAACGGGGCCCGAAACCUUGGCUUGGCAACCCGCAGUGGAGCCAGCCAGACUGGCGGUGGGAUUCUUCUCUCGGGACAGGGAAGAAGGGCUACAGUAGUUUCCCUGCCGCAAGCCGGCACGUCGACGUCCAGCGGCACCAGCGAUGGCCGGCUGGACCAGUCCCGGCGACCGUGUCCCAGUCUCCUGGGGCGGGUGACGACCUCUUUCUACUUGCGGUUGUCGGGUAUGGACCUACACUCUGGGAUUCUCUCCUGUGAGAGCUUGAUGCCAUAAAGAGAAGAGCUCUCGUCGAAUCGACACUGUUUGCGGGUCCAGUCAGGCAUGAUGAGCUUCGGGCCGAUGUGCAGCCAUCCUCUUGCAUGCUGGCGUCCGUGUUCGCCAGCGUUGUGUCUCUGGCGAGAUGUGUGGCGGCUACCGUGACAGUGAUACGUCGCAUUGGUGAGUAACAGUAGCUUCCUUGAAUGGCGGCGAUGAAUUUUGGCUCCAGGCACACUCUGAGGUCGAAAGUGGUGGCAUUGUACCUAGUAGAGGAGGGACUCGGUGAAGCCAGCUGGUACCAAUCCUUCGCAGCUGAUAAACGGGCCAUCACUCCCUUCUGCGCUUGCUGACUCAUCACGGAAAGCGCCGGCCUCAAUCGGCGACAGGCCCCACAAUUGCCGCUAUCCCCGACGACGACAAAGCACUUUUGGUGUUUUGGCUCGAGAACUUCCACCGCAUCUAUGCCUUGAUGAGAAUCUGAGGUAGAGUCCCACUUAAGCCUCAAUUUCGCCCAGAGGCUGCUCCGACAGGGAUAAUCUCAUAGUGAGGGGCUCAUCUCUCUCAUCCCGUCUUCAUCCCGCCUUCAUCCCGUGUCAAUCGCCCUACUCCCCCUUCCCCCUGCUUUCACCGAGUCACCAUGGCCAAACGCGUCUGCAUCAUCGGUGCCGGCCCCUCCGGCCUCGUGGCGGCCAAGACCCUCCUACGCAACGCCCCCGCCGGCGCCUUCACCGUGACCAUCUAUGACGCCCAACGCCGCAUCGGCGGCCUCUGGCCCACCCGCCCCGCCGACGCCGACGGCCUUGUCCACCCUCUCAUGGUCGCCAACCAGAGCCGCCACACGGUGCAGUUCAGCGACCUCGCCUGGCAACCUGAGGACCCGGACCUGCCGCGCGCCUGGAUGAUCGGCCGCUACCUCGAGCGCUACGUCGACCGCUACGGCCUCGGCGCCGACCUGAAGCUGGGUCACCGCGUCGUCAGGACGGACCUGCAGGGCGACGGCACCUGGGCCGUCACUGUCCGGCCCGAGGGCGGCGGCGGCGGCGGUGAGGAGGUGACGUCCGCGUUCGACUACUUGCUCGUCGCGUCUGGCUUCUUCGGUAAACCCGUCGUCCCGUCAGACGUCUCAUUCGACACGGACGGGGUCGUUCCCGUGGUCCACAGCAGCAAGUACCGCGACCUGAAAGGCCUGUUCCCCGACGGCGUGAGGAACGGCGGUGGCAAGAUCCUCGUCGUCGGCGGCCAGAUGUCGGGCGUUGAGAUCUCGGGCACCAUCGCGACGCAAGUCUCCGCCGCCGUCAACGCGCCGGGCCCGAGCCCGCUUCCCAACGCCGACAAACUCACCGUCGAGCAUCUUACGCAGCGUCCCACGUGGGUGUUCCCCCUGCAUACCACGCCCAAGCCCGGAUCGACCGCAGCCCCCUUCCUCCCCUUGGACUUCUCAUCCUACAACCUCAACAACCGGCCCCAACCCCUCGCGAACAGCCAGGGCCACAUCACCCCCGAAGCCGCAAAGCUCACCCACGGCAUCUACGCAACCUCCCUAGGCCAGGACCAAUCCGCCUUCUCCCCCUCCAUCGCCGUCACGCCGGACCACCACUCGGAGCCAGCCUUCCUCGCCGUCAGCGACAACUACACAGAAUUCGUCCGCGCCGGCCUCAUCGCCGUCUCCAAGGGUAAACUCGCCUCCGUCGCCGGCACAACGGCGACCCUCGUGAACCACCACCCGUCGUCGUCGUCGUCGUCGCCGCCCACAAUCGACAACGUCGCCGCCGUCGUCCUGGCCACGGGCUUCGAUCCCUCCCCAUGCCUCUCCUUCCUCCCGCCCAGCGUCCUCGACAAACUCAACCACUCUCCGCGGCACCGCGACCUGCCCCUCGCCCUCGCCUUCCACGGCACCCAUGUCAAGGACAUCCCCUCCCUCGGCUUCGUCGGCUUCUACAGGUCCCCCUACUGGGGCGUCAUGGAGAUGCAGGCCCGCCUGCUCGCCGCCCUCUGGACGCCGCCCUCCCUCACCCCGCGGCCCCCGAAGCUCUCUGACGCACUCCUCGACGACGCUUCCGACUGGCGCACCGUCUCCCUCCGAGACGACCCGCGGGCCUCCCAGUUCCCGAUGGGCGACUACGCCUACCUCAUGCAGGAGUUCUCCUCUGCUCUCGGCCUCCCCAUUUCCCCGCCCCUUGAGCCCCCGACACCGCUCCUCCCGCACAACAACAAGCCCAUGGACAUCCUUACGCCAGCACGUUACCUGUCCCCCCUGGUCGACGAGGCCGCCCGGGCAGAGGCCGCAAAGUCCCUCCAGCAAACCCAGGCCACCGCCAUCGCCGGGCUGACGACGAGCCGUUUCGUCCCAAGGGCCGUCUUCCGCAGCCUCCUGGGCACCUGGAGGCUCGAACGGAACCUGACCAGCAGGCUGCCCAGCCAUCCGAGCGGUCACUUCAGCGGAACGGCCCAGUUCCUCCUACGCGACAAGACCGCCGACGGACUCAAGUGCGCCUCGGCUCCCGUCCCCGCGGCGGACAAGCCCUCGGACGACGACGACGGCGACGGCGACGGCCUGGCGACCGAGUACCUCUACAUCGAGGACGGCGAGUUCCGAGCCGACAACGGGCUGGUCUUCCGGGCCACUCGUCGCUACGUCUGGCGGUACGACGAGAAGAAGGACGUCGUGAGCGUCUGGUUCGCCAAGACGGACGACGCCAAGCGGGCCGACUACCUAUUCCAUGAGAUCGAGUUCCUCCCGCCUCCUGAAGGACAUCAGAAGCCGUGGCAGGCAAAGGCGGGCCACCUCUGCAUCGACGACUUUUACGAUGUCAAAUAUGACUUCGCUUUCAAGGCUGUCAAUCUCCAAGAGUGGGACAUUCAGUACACGGUGAAUGGACCGAAGAAGGACUACACUAUACACGGUGUAUAUAGACGUUAGGGGUUAAUUUGGAAAUGAUAGAGCCGUAGAAGGUCUGAGAACCCGGGGUUCCAUGGAGGGCAUUCAUAGACGUCAUGCCUAGGUAUCAAAAUGAAAGAGAGCCAGUUAGGGAUCAAGAAUUCUGGUUGGUGUGUAGGUCAGUACGGGCGGACUAUUGGUACGUUUAAUCAUUCUCGUAGGUUCUGCUUAUGCAUGCUCUUUUCGUCCAUCCGUUCCCUCUCCCCCGUCGCUAUUCGUCAGCGAAGCUCGAUAUCCAGUCUCGCCACACCCUGGAUGUUCUCAAGCAAAUUUGCUUUCACAGCGUCUUCUUCCCUCUCCCGGGUUGUCAAGCGAUAGUACCUGUACGACAGAGGAUGGUUUGCAGAUGGACGAGCAAACUGGGGCGUAUCCUUGCCGUCCAUCGUAAGCGGGCUUGUCGGGGUCGGCGGGUUGCUCUCCGUUCGAUUGCCCGAAGCCACGUCUUCCAUCACCACAUCGUCAUCCUCGUCCACCUCCCGCAUGCUCCCAUCCCUCAGGACCGUGCUUCGCAGUACCGCAUUUUGGUCUCCUGUGUUGAGUGCCCAGCAACGAGCGGAGCCUUUUCCGCUGAAUGCCCAGAUAAGCAUGUCAGGGCCCGGGUCCAGCGCUAGGUCGACAAUGCCCGAACAGACGGCAACGACCUGCCCGUGAACAUCAACGGGAUAUGAGGGUCCCUUGUGAAAAAUGUCAGACGUCGUCGCAUCGCUGUUGUACGCCACAGCAACCGCUCGGAGUACAGACAUUGGCCACCACAGAGCCCAGUCAGCCACGGGGCGAUCAAUCAUGUCCGCAAGGUUACCGAAGCGGGAGAUGUCUCUGAACAUGUCUGGAGGUAAGGUAUAGAAGACUAGCAGCUGCUUUUCCGAAUGGAAGCCAAGCUGGUCCACCCAUUGUGCUGUUGGGAAGACGGCGGCAACCCUCACGCCAUGGGUCAGGUCGGCUCCGACGGCGCACAGGGUUGGAGCAUUAGAGCAGGCUGCUGAAGGUGGCCAAAACUGCACCUUUCUCUGGAGGCGGGUCAUUGAACCAAUUGGAGAGUCGGCGCCCAAGCACAAGUACCCCGUCCUGGGGUCGGUGAAGAGGAUAUGAGAGCCGUCACUCAGGGGCACAGCCCGAUAGUUGUCGGCGGCGAUGGAUCUGGGUUUGGGAGCCUUUUUCCCCCAUCCCCUCCACGUAGUUCUGCGGAACGGCGGAGGACUGAUGGAAGCACUCAGCUGCUGUUCUGUAAUUGUGUAGACAUUGGAAGUAUCGGCUUCGGGGCCAGCCGCUGAUGUCUCGAGUCGCGAAAUAACGGCGGGGAUCUCGGGAGGAUAACCGCCAAAGCUGCCGCCCAGAGCGCCCAGGAUGAUCUGCAUCGAAGUCGAGUUGCUGUCCAUGGCUGCCGCUGAGCUGAUCAAACGAAGCUUCUUGACAGAAUCGACAGCAGGGCGUGGUGGAAGAAAGUAGACGAAGUCGCUCCGCGUGGACAGGGGGAAACGGCGGACAAGAUCUCGGUUGGUUUGACCGUCAACCCAGUGCAGCUCGACAGCAGACGAAGAGCCAAAAGCGACACACACGCGUUGGGGGCAAAUUGCAACGGCGCGCGGGGGAUUCUCGGCGGUGCAGAUAUUGCGGUAGAUGGAUCUGGGGCCCGUCUCGACAGGAGGCGGAAGCGAAGACGACCGCGAGCGGCAGACACACGAUUGACCGUGAUGCUUCAAUCCUGUAGUUUUGGCGUCCCUGGCAGAGUCUUCCGAGGCUGUUGUGUCCACCAUGUACUUUGACAUGAGACAUGUGAUGUCACAAACAAUGCCGUUCCGGCCAUCGAGAACGGCGGCGAUGGAGUAGCGGCCCCAGGAGGUGUCCAUGGCGCAGCAGAGGACGCGGUAAGGACACAGAAUGGUGGCAACGGGGCGCAGAAGACCCUUGUGGCGUGGUAACGUCUCUUGCUACGAAGACAUGAGCCACCGGGGCGACUUGGCGUCUCUGCAUCGAUGGUUCAACUCGUAGACGUAAAUGACUGCUCCGUAGCUGACCAUCAGGAACUGGCCACACAUGCUUGCGGUGUACCUGGCACAAACAUCCUCGCCAGUCCCAGAUACCGUGCCCGAGUCGAAAUCGGUGAACUGCGUCUGACUGAUCUCGACGAAGGCGGGUUCAAGCCCGUGAUGACUCGGGCCCAGGGCACACUCUCUGGCGAGCCACUUGGACAUGACCCAUUCCUCGGUCACAUCUUGGUCGUGAACAUUGAACAAAGCAUGUUUCCCCUGCUUGACUUCGAGGAUUCUUUCGAUACUGGACCACCAUCCUCCGCGCUUGAGCAUGGUGACGAGGAUGGAUCGAUUCAAGCUGGCCCAGAACCAGGUGCGGCAGGUGUGGCGGGCGACAUUGAAGUCGGGAGGGUCGAGCAGAAAGUAUAUCUGAUGCAAGAUCUCGACGGGCAGACGCAUGGCGGCUGGAAUUAGCUGGGAUAAGUGGUUUUCGUGGCCGUGCAAAUGCACGACGUCGUCUGGAUGGGCCUUUAUGGCGACGACAAACUGAAGACCAGGGGACAGCAUUGGGGGUGGGAUGGUUUUUGAAGAGAAUGAUAUAUCCAAUGCCUGAAUGGUAAAAGAGAGCGCCCCGGAAAUCGAAGUCUUCCUCAGAACUGAUGAUGAUGUUGUUGUUAUUGUUAUUGAAGUUGUUGUCGACGAUAAUGGCGACGCAAAUGCCGGCGUCCUUUGGGGUGAUGGGAUGGGAUGGGAGACGAAGACGGGAGAUGGGAAGCGAGACGACGUUCCACAAGGGGAGAGAAGGGUAAUUCUCAAGAAAGACACAGCCAGAAAAGGGCGACCCAUCAGGCUGCCGUCUUUAUCUUUCAUGUGCUCUUCGCUCUCGACUUCCGAUUCUCAGGAGGAACAGACAGGCCAGGCGCGUCCGGUUCUAUCGUGUCAGCAAGAGUGAGACGAGACAUGCAGCGUUUGCCUCGCCAAGACCCGAGACAAGAACGGAAGCACAAUCCUGCGCGGGGGAGGAGCCACACACAGCAUUUGCAGUUGGUCAGCCAUUUGGCUUUCGACUGGGAAAGAACAAUCAACUAUGACAUCUGGCGAGGGUCAGACGACUGGUGAUGAUGGAAGAAGGCACGACUUGCGAUACGGAGCCUGACGAUCAUAGAUCUCCAAAUGGUCUCCGCUCUCAUCAAAGCGGGUCGGUUAGCUCAGUUGGUUAGAGCGUGGUACUAAUAUUCCAUCUGGAAUGUUGAGUAAUGCCAAGGCCGGGAGUUCAAGCCUCCCACUGAUCAUCUCUUUUGCUUUCGGGCGCAAGUGCCUGUACCUAACUCACUGUGGUUCCAAUAGGGGUGAACCGGUAUGAAUUUGCUUCUUGAAUUAAUUUGGUUCGUCGCAGGACUUGGGUUGUUCGUUCUUCGACUUCUCGGGCUAGCAACGCUCCCCAAGAGUGCGGGCGCAGGCACACUGAUUGCUUGAUGGGAGGUGGAUUCGUAGCAUCCAUCGGUGGUCGUUUUCGAUGCGCAUUUGAUCCUCAAUUCCCGAGAGGUCCCGCGGCCACCACAAGACCAAGAAUGCCAAGCUCCAAGCCCGUCGCGUCAGCCUUUUAAACCACCCGGCUGUCGACGCCCUUGGAACGGAGGUGGAAACGCCGACCACGAGGCAGUCCGGGCACCGGCGACCCAAGACGCGAGCUCCGACUUUUAAGAAACCGCCGGUCGCCCCACUACUGCCACCACCACCACCACCAACACCAUUUUGGG